AUGAAAUACUUCACCGCACUCCUCACAGCGCAAUGCGUACUCGCGCAUCCUCUGCCUUCCCCCCGCCAGGCCACCGCACCUGCCACAUACACUUCGAAUCCCAGCAUCGGCGGCGGCGCAAGCUUCGUCGCAGAAUCGGCGCAUUUCCGCGUCUACGGCACGGCCGUCACCUCGAGCGACGCAGCGAAGGGCCUCAAGAUUAUGGAGGCUGCGCACCAGUGCUUUGUCGUUGAGCAGGGCUGGCGAACACCUGGGCUUUCAACGAAAACAGGCGGCAUAGGCAAGGAAGUAGGACCGUGGUACAAGAUGAACAUUUACGGCGUGAAAGAGAGUGAUAUACCUGGGGCAGCGGCACAGACAUGGACGGAUAGCAACGCCGGUCUCGAGUUCCUGAAGGUAGUGCCAAAGUACAUCGCUGAGCCUGGCGUUGUGGUGCAUGAGUUUGGCCAUGCGAUGCAUUAUAGUGAGAAGAACUGGGUUGAUCAGACCCGAACAGGCGCAUGGUGGGAAACAAUUGCGAAUUUUGUCGCAGACCUCUACAUCUCUACGCCUCUCUGUGUUGCUGCAAAAGCCUCUGCUGGCCUUCCAGCGCAAGGUGACUCCAUAAUCGAGCUCAAAAAGAUCAUUGGCGAUAGCUUUCAGGUCCUCGUCGACGGUACGUCCGGGUCAGGGAAUUACUACCAAGCGUGGCCCUUCCUAUCCUACAUCACCAACAACCCCGAUGCCUAUCCCGGGCUGGGCAAGACAAUUCUGCUGGAUAUGAUACGCAAGUAUCAGUUGGGGAGUAAUGAGACGCCGCUACACACGUUGAGCAGACUGCUCGGCUCAGGGGGUGUAAACAUGCAGAAGGUGGUCGGCAGGUACUGGGCAAGGAUGGCGUACGUGGAUAUCGGGCAUCAGAAGGCGGCUGCGGCGUUUGCAGCACAGAGAAAGAGUCUGGACUAUGCGAAUCUCGACAACAAGGGAGGCGGGAAAUACACCGUUAAGGCUACUAGGGCGCCGAGGUAUAUGGGUGCGAAUAUCGUGCCGUUGAAGGCAUCUGGGCUUACGGUGACGGUAGCGAUUACCGCGAGCGCAAGCACGUACACUGCGACGCUAGCGGUGAAGGGGGGCAGUAGGGUGAGAUAUGUGGAUGUGGUGAACGGGAGUGGGAGCGUUACGCUGGCGAGUGGGGAGGAGGUCAGUCUUGUGGUUGCGAAUACGCCGGCGUUGGUGUUGUAUGAUCCGUUUAGUAUUCCUGCGGACUUGAAUAAAGGGUUGACGUAUUCUGUGCAGAUUACUGGAGCGACGGUGUGA